GACAAAUCUGCAUUCGAAGCCGCCGCUCGGGCUCGACGAGCACUUCUCGUCACCUGCAUUAGUGGUCGACCUGAAGGUCCACACAUCCCAUCAAACACAUAAGGGUGUGAUCAUGGCGGCAUAACGGUGUUGGUGGCUUGUCAAAAUCUCCAGAAUCGUUCCGACGUCAAAGAGCAUCCCAGCCUCACAUGAUGUUCCGCUCCACCUCUGCUUCAGUCCUUCUUCUCUCUUCCUUUGCCUCUUUCGCCUACGGCCACUCCCAUGUCAACGACAUCUGGGCCGACGGUGAUCACUACGAUGGCUGGGACCCGAAUGCCGGUAGCCCGUAUCCCAACAACAUCCCCGCCUGGUAUACGACCAACCUCGGCGGUAAUCCGCUCUAUCCCAUCGAUGCGAACCAACCGCAGAUCAUCUGCGCGAAGGGUGGCUCCAAUGCCAACUUAAGCGCCCCCGUUACUGCCGGCGCUGAAAUCCGCCUCCGUUGGUGGCAAGUCAACGUUGCGUGGCCUACCUCCCACCACGGUCCGGUCAUCGACUAUCUCGCUCCCUGCAACGGUCCUUGCUCUGAAGUCGACAUGACCACGCUCAAAUUCGUCAAGAUUGAUGAGCGCGGAUGGAUCAACAACACCGUGUUCGAUGAAGGUUAUUGGGCCUCCGAUGAGCUCAUCGCCGACGACGGGUCCUGGAACGUUCGCAUUCCGGGGGACCUUGCUCCAGGAGAAUACGUUCUCCGUCAGGAAAUCAUUGCGCUACACAUCGCGUUCACUGGUACUGGGCCGUAUUCGCCGUCGGGUGCGGAGUUCUAUCCGCAGUGCGUCAGUUUGAAGGUUGAGGGAAAAGGGACGAAGACGAUUGAUGAUGGGGUUCAGGCGACGACUUUUUACCGCAGCGAUGAGCCUGGGUUGAUGCUGAAUAUCCAUACGAAGUCUGAUCACGCGGAUUAUGUUAUUCCGGGGCCGGCCCUUUGGGGCGGUCUCGGCUCGAAGAAGGCUCGCUCAUUCACGACUUGAGUGAACUACGCUUGGGCUCCCUUGACUUGCUGACAGGAAGCAAACUAAGUUCACGACAGAGUCUGAACCAGAUAUACCGAUUGAAUUGCAGCCACUAUACACAACCAUCAAAGCACCGAUCCGCGU